AUGAGUGAAACGGGCAAUCUUUGUAAAACUAUAGGAAUCUGGAUGUCUGAAAAAAAGAGUCACAAACUUAACUGGAAGGAAUUCAUCAACGCAUGUUCUUCGCGUGGAUUUAGCGUUGUAAAGCUGGAUCUAGAACGACCAAUAGAGCAGCAAGGAAACCUCGAUAUCUUUCUUCACAAAAUGACCGAUAUUAUCUCUGCUUCUGACCAAGGUGACACAAAAGCAUCAAGUAUUAUCGGAAGAGUGGAACAGUAUUUGUCAAAUAAUCCUAAUGUUACUAUUAUAGAUCCACUGGAUAAAGUUAGGAUACUUUUAAAUAGAUAUACCUACUACUCAAUAUUAGAGGAAGAAGUAUCUCUUCAAAACAAAGAAGUCUACACGCCAACCUUUGCAGAAUUUACAACAAACAAUAUAGAACAAAACAUAGAAAUAAUGAGACAGAGGGGUGUCACAUUCCCCGUUAUAUGUAAACCGACUUUGGCCCAUGGUUCAAAGUCUGCUCAUGAAAUGGUCUUAAUAUUUAACAAGAGAGGUUUAAACGUAUGCAAACCACCGUGCGUUGUUCAAAGUUUUGUAAACCAUAAUGCAGUGUUACAUAAAGUAAAUGUAAUUGGUGACAGAUACAAUAUAUGCCAACGGCCGAGUCUUAAGAAUUUCUAUGCUGCAGAUGACCUGGAUCCAAUAUACUACAGGACAGGUGAAGUUUGUAAAGCGGACAGUCAAUCGACCCUCUCCAUUCUCGAUCCCAAUGACAAGACAGACAUAACAUUGAGCCUUAACGAGGACAAAAUAAAGUCUAUUAUAAGAAUAUUAAGGAAAAGAAUUGGUCUGUUACUCCUCGGCUUUGAUGUUGUUAUCGACAACAUGACAGGUAACCACGCCAUCAUAGAUAUUAAUGUUUUCCCUAGUUAUGAUAAUUUUCCUAAUGUCUUUGAACAUUUAUUAGAUUGUAUUCAAGAUUCUACAUGUAACGGUCAAAGUGAUUUAGAUUGUAUUAAUAAUCAUACACUCAAAGGCUUAAUCAAUGUAGAUGUUAGUUCGUUACAGUACAGCGUCACAGGGAUGAAUAUUAUUUAG